CCGUGCAUAUCACUACAAUAGCAAAUAAAACAACAAAAGUUUCUUCAUUUCCUCCACCAUGUCCAACGAAACCAUUGACUCCCGCCUCCAAAUCCGCCCCAAUCCCGACGGCACCUUCACCAUCUCCAGCGAAACCAUUGACCCCUACCAACGCCUCCAAAUCCAGCCCAACCCCGAUGGUACCUUCACGCGCCUCAACAAUGUCACUAUUCCACACACCGCACCCUCUUCAGACCCCUCUCUUCCCAUUUCAGUUCUCACCAAAGACAUCGCCAUCAACCCACACAACCACACAUGGCUGCGCUUAUUCCUGCCACGCACACUACUCUCCUCUUCCAAUCCCAACAAGCUUCCUCUCAUCCUUUUCUUUCACGGAAGCGGAUUCGUGCUGCUCAGUGCAGCUUCCUCCGUCUUCCAUGAUUUCUGCGUCCAAAUCGCCGAUUCCGCUCAGGCCAUUGUGGCCUCCGUCGACUACCGUCUUGCGCCAGAGCACCGACUUCCGGCGGCCUACGACGAUGGCGCCGAAGCACUGCGGUGGAUCGGAAACUGCGAAGAUGAGUGGUUGCGUCAAUACGCUGAUUAUUCGAACUGUUAUCUUAUGGGGAAUAGCGCUGGGGCAACUAUCGCUUACCAGACAGGUCUACGUGCAGUUGAAGAGGUGAAUGAUCUUGAUCGAGUGAAAAUCCAAGGGUUGAUUUUGCGUCAACCAUUCUUUGGUGGAGUGCAGAGGACAGAGUCGGAGUUAAGGCUUCAGAAUAACCCACUCAUUCCUCUGAGUGUUUCGGAUUCGAUGUGGGAGUUGGCUCUGCCAACUGGUGCUGAUCGUGACCAUGAAUAUUGCACUGUAAGGGCUGGAAAUGCGGUUGAGAAAUUUGAGAAGAUGAAGGAGCUUGGUUGGAGAGUGCUCGUGAGUGGCAACAAUGGUGACCCAUUGGUGGAUCGUGAUAAGGAGUUGGUGCAAUUGAUGGAAGAAAAAGGGGUGAAAGUGGUGAAGGAUUUUCAAGAAGAAGGCUGCCAUGGAGUUGAACUCUUUGACCCAUUGAAAGGAAACCAGUUCAUUGAUUUGGUUAAACAUUUCAUUAACCCAAUCUGUGUUUAGGACUAAAUUAUCAUGUUCUGUGUACCAAACACAAUUUACUAUGUUACGUGGUUCAUGUUUCAACCUUCUACUAUAAUAAAAACGUGAGAAAUAUAUGUUUUCUUAUGAAAUUAAAAAUAGUUUAUGAUGGAAA